GUUAAUUUAUCACUUUAUACAACUACAGCAGUGGUACUUCUUGAUGGAGACGGCAAUAGGAUUCUAGCAAAAUAUUAUGGUAGUAAGAAUGCAUAUCCUACAAAUAAAGAACAAAAGGUAUUUGAGAAGGGAUUAUUUGAUAAAACUAAAAGAUCAAAUGGGGAAAUUAUUUUAUAUGACAAUCAUGUAGUUCUUUAUCGUAAUAACAUUGAUGUGUUUUUCUAUGUUGUUGGAUCAGCGGAUGAAAAUGAACUCAUUUUGAAUAUAGAAAAAAGAACAAUUAUUGAUAAUUUAGAUUUGGUUGUUCUCGCCUUGGACGAAACUAUUGAUGAUGGUAUUGUAUUAGAGACAGAAUCAAAUGUUAUUGUUUCUCGCGUUUCUAGACCUCAUACUGAAUCAUCGGAUAUUCCAAUAACAGAACAAACAAUUAUUCAAGCAUAUCAUACAGCCAGAGAAAGAGUUACUGAGCGUUUAAUGAGAGGGGUUUAG